CUUCCGGUUACAUUACGUUGUUUUCAUCAAAGGAUCCUUACGUAUUGUUUUGUAGAAUUUCUGCAAAUAAUGGAAGUUGCAGGGACCUGUUUGUCUGCUGAAUUAUAAACUGAUCAUUUGUCACCAAAGUGCAACACUGAGCAGAAUAAUUUAUGUCCGUUAUGGCUCAAUAAUUUGCAUUAUAUUUGCACGUGCAUGUUACACUGUGACUGAGUGACAGCCUCAGACAGGUAACUCACUAGGCCUACAGAGAACUGUGAAUCCGCACACUGGACGUAUUCCGAGUAUUGACGAUGGCAGGACGAGCACAGCAGCCUCGCCGGAGAAAGAGACCACAUGCACCCGUUUAUGGUGGAAUUUGUGGGACCUAUGAAGAUAAAGACAACGACUAUGUCUGCCCAAUUUGUUUUAAUAUAAUUGAUGAAGCUCACAUGACUAAAUGCGGACAUUCAUUUUGCCACAAAUGUAUAAAACUGAGUCUUGAAAGAAGCAACAGAUGUCCAAAAUGUAAUUGUGCCAUAGAGAACAAUGGACAAAUAUUUCCAAAUUUUACUUUAAAUGAAUUAAUAUUGAAGUUUAAAGGGAAAUUAUCAGAGAAGAAAAUCAAAACAGAACAAGGGACACCACCAUCAUCUAGUUUAUUAGAUAUACAAGAAUUAGUAUCAGAAGAUAAUCUAGAUCUAUCAAACGUCAAUAAUCUAUUAGAAAUGUUACUACAGAAAAAACAACAAUUAGAAGCAGAUGGUAAAUUAGCAGAAACAUUUAUAUUGAAAGAAUUUCUACAACAAGUUAAACAACGAAAACAAGAGCAAUUAGAACAACUAAAUCGACAGAUCAGUGUAUUAGAAACAGAUAUACAAAAAGUUGACGAUUUGAUACAUGAAUAUAACAGUAAAUACAAUCACUGUCCAGAUCAUCUAGUACCAAGUGGUUUUGAUGCAGCCAGGGCGUUUGCUGAAGCCACUAGUCAAGAUGGUUUUAACGGAAGUAAAAAUGUUGGUAAACCACUAUUACAGAAUUCAAUGGCAGCUAGAAGAAAGAAAAUUAGUCAACAUUUUGAAGACUUAGAACAAUGUUAUUUUUCUGUACGGGUCAAAGGUGUAAAUGGCGUUGAUAACGAUUCUAAAGAAGGUUUAGAAGAAUUUACAAAUAGUUUAUCCAAGUUUUCCCGCUUUACCUCAUGUCGACCAUUAGCUACUUUAAGCUAUGCUGUAGAUUUAUUAAGUGGUGGAUCAAGUAUUGUUUCUAGUAUUGAGUUUGAUAGAGACUGUGAUUAUUUUGCUAUAGCUGGUGUAACGAAGAAGAUAAAGGUAUACGAAUAUAAUAUGGUGAUAAAAGAUGCUGUAGAUAUACAUUAUCCUACAUUAGAGAUGGUCUGUAAUUCUAAAAUAAGUUGUGUUACGUGGAGUGCUUAUCAUAAAAACAUGUUAGCUAGCUCGGAUUAUGAAGGAACUGUUACGUUGUGGGAUGCUUCAACGGGUCAAAAAUCAAAAACAUUUCAGGAACAUGAGAAGAGAUGUUGGAGUGUAGAUUUUAACAGAAUGGAUCCUAAACUCAUAGCCUCAGGUUCUGAUGAUGCUAAAGUGAAACUCUGGUCGACAAAUGCUGAUCAUUCUAUAGCAAGUCUAGAAGCUAAAGCAAAUGUUUGUUGUGUUAAAUUUAAUCCUCAGAGUAGAUAUCAUUUAGCGUAUGGCUCAGCAGAUCACUGUGUACAUUACUAUGAUCUACGUAAUACCAAACAAGCUGUAACUGUAUUUAGAGGACAUCGUAAAGCUGUAUCAUAUGUUAAAUUUCUAAACAGUACAGAAAUAGUCUCAGCGUCAACAGACAGUCAGUUAAAACUAUGGGAUCUAAAUCGACCAAAUUCUGUACGAACGUUUCAAGGUCAUACUAAUGAGAAGAAUUUUGUGGGUUUAUCAACAGAUGGCGAUUACGUGGCUUGUGGUAGUGAGAAUAAUUCCCUAUAUAUCUACUAUAAGGGCUUAGCUAAACAACUGAUGACAUAUAAGUUUGAUACAGCUAGAAGUGUUCUCGAGAAUAAUCGUAAAGAUGAGGAUCAAAAUGAAUUUGUUAGUGCCGUUACCUGGAGACCGAGUUCAAAUGUUGUUGUAGCUGCUAACAGUCAAGGCACAGUCAAAGUUUUAGAACUAGUAUAGUAUAUUAUAUAGAGAGAGGAUUAUCAACCACCAUGUCUUUCAUUACACCCUAUAUAGAAACAACACACAGUGCCUCAUCAUAUAUCAUGGUUUAUAUAUACCAUACAUCAUAUUGAUGUCAUUCACACAUCUGUAAAUAUUCAACAUAAAUACUUACUUAAUUACAAAGGGUUCAUUUGUUCUAACUUUAUGUUGGAUGGGCGGUGCCAUACAGGCUGCAUGUUGGUUGGACAGUACGAUGCAGGCUUCACUUGUUCUAAGUUUACGUUGAAGAACAGUAUUCAGGUACGGUUUGUUCUAAGUUUUUAUUGGGCUGUAUAAGUGACUAACACAUUCUAUAAUUAAGGAUAGUGCUUGAACACGAGCACCUAGAAUUUUUGGACUAACAUGAAACUUGCCGUGCUUGUUCCUUGGACAAUUAUGCGUCAAUUGACAGGCUUCCAAUUUACAAAUGAUGUCACAAUUUCAAGCUGGCUCAGUGACUGGUCCAUAUAGAACACUCAUACUAAUUUUAAAAUAUAGAAACAGAUGGACUAUCUCCUUUAAUAAUGUCAGCCAACUCUGUCAAGGUAUUAUAUGUAAUGUACAGCCCUUUGAUAUGGAGAUACAAUUUCUGUAACUUUAUUAUAAAAGAGAGCAAAAUGUUAUGUGAUAUAAAUAUUUCAUUUCAAAUUUUACAAUGGCAAAUAAUUGUUUGUUUAUAUGUAUACUAAUAUAGGUUUCAUUUUUAUUUGUUUGUUUAUAAAGUAGGAACUAUUAAAAUUUAUACAAAUAAACAGUCUUUGUAAAUGGGGCUGGGGGUGGGGAGGAUUUGCUGGAUUUGGUGACCUUAGGAGAGAUAUAUAAUGUAUUAUAUUUUAAGAUCUUUACAAUCCAGUAUCCAUAUUAUACAAUUUUAUUUAAAUUAUCAUUUAUUAAGAUUUUGGAAUUAUUUCUGUUCCUUGUUUACUAUUGAUUGUUAGU